UCGACUCAAACAGUGUUAUGGUUCUCCGCCGAUGAGGACAGAAUGUCAGGACGCAAAGAGCAGCAACACGACCUGGUGCUCAUUAAAGAACUGGAGCUCAUUUUGGAUUCCUGCACUCUGGAGCUCACAGCAGUGGAUGAAGUCUGGCCCAACCUGUACAUUGGAAACAUAGCUAUAGCACAAAACAAAAAGACUUUAUCUAAGCUGGGCAUCACUCACGUCUUGAACGCUGCUCACUCCAAGCAAGGUAGCAUCGGUGAUCAAAGAUUUUACGGCAACGCUUGUGUUUACUGUGGAAUACCAGGAGAAGACUCGGACCACUUUGACCUGAGCCAGUACUUCAAACCUGCAGCGGACUUCAUCCAUAAAGGCCUGAAGUGUGAUCAUGGAAAAGUGCUGGUGCAUUGCAUUAUGGGUAUGAGCCGCUCUGCCACUUUGGUGCUGGCCUAUCUGAUGAUGCGUCAGCGUUUGUCUCUCCAGGAUGCUCUGAAGCAUGUCGUCCAAAAGAGAGCCAUUUACCCGAAUAGGAACUUUAUGAUGCUCCUCCACAAGUUGGGUGAACAGCUGGCAUUCAAAAGGAAGAUGUGUCCCUUACUCUGACACCUCCCCAAGGUGGCUCAAAAGAAAAUCUCCUUAUAGACAUCACAGAGUGUAUGGUGAUGCUUACGGCCUUUAAUUCCACACGAUCAUGAUUUUCAUGCAGCAAAAUGUCAAUACACGUCAACAGCUUUGUAUGUGCAACUUUUAAAGAAAAUCCCACAAAAUACAAUGUUUGUUUUAAUGUUUUUUUAAAGAGUGCACACACACUUUACCAUGCACUGCUUUGUUUUUAAAAUUGACGACCAACGCAACUGUAAUAUUUGUUAUUAUAUAAGGGAACAAAUUAUUAAUAUUAUAUCGUAUUAUUUAUCAAAAAAGAAUCGUCCAGGACUAAUCUUCACCUAUUGUAGCCUCAAAGCAUCUUUGAUUUUCUUUUUAAAUUAUGUAAUAAUUAGGGCUGUCAAAUGAUUAACAUUUUUCAUCAGAUCAAUCACAGUUUUCAAAUUAAUUAAUCAUGAUUAAUCACCAUUUGCAACUACGUCUGAAGUACGUCCAUUUUUAUUGUAUUUUAUUCAAAGAAAGAUAAAAGACAGGACGGGAUUGUAAUAUAUUUGUAUGUACAAACAGCUUCAAAUCAACUGAAAAUGUAAAUCAAGCUAAAAGACAGCACACAUGUCUGAAAAUGUAUUUACCUAACACUGGUUUCUAUAGCAGAACAUUUGAAUCACACGUUAGCCGUGUUAUUAUGAGCAAUGAGGGGCUGCAUUCAAAGACACCACGUAUAUGCGCAUAACACAUAUACACAUAUACGCAUAACAUAGACGUUGUUGUGAGGUUCGGAGUGUCUGUGAAUGCAUCUCGCCGUAGUGGGGUUAAGUCACUGUUGAUGCACAACACUGCUGAUGGGGAUGUCAUACAACUUCAUGUCAAAAAAUCCAACCUGUUCCUUUAAUAUAAUGAAUUUGUUUAUUGAUUAUAUAAAAUUGAUUAUAUAAAUAUAAAAUUAACCAAGUGAAAAAGGAAUUAAAAAAUUAAAUAAAUAAUAACACAAUCCUUUAUGUGU